GUGACUCCUUGUUGAUCUUUAUGUACGCUUGCUUGACAUAGUGUUACACACAUUGUACACCUCUUUUUAAAAAAACAUUGGAUCGACUCGCUCGUUGCCCGCUAUUUCUAUUUCUCACCAAUGAGGCGUAUCCUGCAGAUAACAUUUGAUUUUAUGCACCGUCAUUCAUUGAUCUUCAAUGUAUUGCCUUUAUCAUUCACAUGUUUCAUCAUUAGCAUGAUAACAUUCGAAAAAGGCGCACCUUUCCUCGACUUCCAACUUCCCAUGCAGCAUGAUAACGCAUGGUUGCACAACAUCAUCUACAAUCAUGGUCAUGGUUUCCACGUUAUUCUGUUUGCGUUGUACCGUAUUCUCAUUGAUAUCGAUCUGUUGUGCCUACACACUUAUUAAACAAACUUCCCAAAUGUACAAGGUCCUACAUUGCCCGAUUUUAUCCUGCUUAAGCAGUAUGACAUAUGUAUAUGCGUGAGUUUCAAAAGUGUAUUGGCGCGAAGGGUUGCAUGCUCGCCAAAAAGGAUGUUGUAGGACAGUUUGAUAGCCAGUAAACAGCAUGCAAAUGCAGAGCGGUAAGGGCUAAGCUAUAUUUGAAUUUGGCUCCUGAUAAAAAUCUGCGAAGACAAGAAAUGCAUUUGUUACGGUUCCAGUUCCUUGGACCGGAUUAGCCAG